AUGCAAAGGAGGAGAGUAGUGCGGGGUGAGGAGGAUCCAUUGCCAGUAUCCACCCCACAUACAGAGUCCCUGAUGCACGUGGACUGUGAUGGGGAGGUGAACUCUGAGAUCCCCACACUCGGCUUCCAGCGAGCUAGUGAGGCACCCUGCUGUACCUCCUGGUUCACGGACACUCUGUGGCUCUCCAGUGGGAUCAGCAUCACCCUGCUGCUUAGAGGACCCCACUGUGGCAGUUGGGACAAGAAGAGCAUUCCUAUGAGUAAGGAGGGAACAUUGCUGGCUAUCAGGUGGCCAAAAAUCCAUGUGGUUGGGGUAUCACUUAGACUACAAGAAGUGAGCAUGGGAGAUGAGGUGUACAGCAGUUUGGUGUCCACCCUGCUGCACCAGGCCCAGCACAUCAUCCAGCUGCAUAUGGCCAGGGAGGAAUGGAAGUGCCUGGGGAUCUGCUUAUCUCCUCCAGAGCCUCCAAGCGUUCAUGUCAUUCCAGCAGUGCUGUCAUUUGAGAGAUAUGUAAUGACUAUUCUGACCUGCAACAAUGCAAAAAUUCCUCUCUCAAAUGCAUGUUUCGCCAGCCACUGGCAAAGCUGAGAUGGCACCUACGGCGUCACCUCCUACCUUAGCAUCAGCUCAGCCCCAGUACAGACACCAGCCACCUACAGCUGCCUUGUUUCACACUUGGCCCUGGCAGAGCCCAUCUCUGUGAGUGCUCAUCUUAAGGUGGGGGGGUUAAUUGCUACCAUCACCUUCAUCAUUGUCCUCUUCAGUGUGCUCAGGAAAAGAACAGGUGAAAGUUUAAAACGCUGA